AUGGACAACACCAUCUCCCCUCAACAGCGGAAGAAGAUCCUGCGUGUACUCUUCAUCUCUCUCCUUCUGGACCUGAUCUCGUUUACGUUCAUCCUCCCUCUCUUCCCCUCCCUGCUCACCUUCUAUCGAGGCCUGGAGACACACCCGGACUCGGCCCUCAACCGCAUCCUCCACUACCUGAACGCAUACAAGUCCUCCUUUGCGGUGCCCAUCAAUGAGAAAUAUGACAUCGUGCUGCUUGGAGGGGCCUUGGGCUCGCUGUUUUCGUUACUGCAGGCCAUUGCAUCGCCUAUCAUCGGUCGGGCAUCGGACAAAUAUGGGCGACGGACGGCGCUGCUGUGGAGUAUGUGCGGCAACAUCGCCAGCGUGGCGCUCUGGUGCUGCGCCGUGGACUUCCGCACCUUUCUCCUGAGCCGCGUCGUGGGCGGGCUGAGUGAGGGGAAUGUCCAGCUGGCGACGGCCAUUGCGACGGACAUCAGUACCGAGGAGCAACGGGGGUCAACCAUGGCCCUGGUGGGCGCCUGUUUCAGCGUGGCCUUUACCUUUGGUCCCGCCAUGGGAGCGGCGCUGGCGAGUAUCACCACCGUGAUUGCCAACCCGUUCGCGACGGCCGCAGGGUUUUCCCUGCUCCUGAUCGUCCUGGAGACUCUAUACCUCUACUUCCAGCUGCCGGAGACGAGACCGGUGGAAACGGCGGCUCCCGGCGCGAAGACUACAAAGUCCAGCUCGACGACGACGACGACGACGACUUUCGAGCACACAAACAACCCGAUGAUUCUGAACGUGAUCCACCUGCUAUUCCUCCUGCCGUUUUCGGGCAUGGAAUUCUCCUUGCCGUUCUUGAUCACGUCGGUGCUCUUUCCGGACAAUCCGUCACCGUCGAAGCUCAAUGGGCGAUUGCUGGGAUUUGUGGGGCUGAUUGCCUCACUCCUGCAGGGUACCAUUGUCCGUCGCCUCCCUCCUCUGACGGUGGUCAAGUCCGGGGUUGUCUCGAGCACUUUGGCGUUCUUUCUCCUGUCGCGUAUCGACAACUUGACCGGUUUGUACUGCGCAGGCGCAUUACUCGCGGUGACCUCAGCCACCGUCGUGACCGGCCUCAACAGUUUGGGCAGCUUCGAGGCGCGCGAGAGCAAUCGCGGAAAAGUCUUGGGAGCUCUACGGAGCUGGGGACAGUUUGGACGAGCACUGGGGCCCAUUGUCUUCUGCAGUCUGUUUUGGUGGGCUGGUCGCGAGACGGCCUAUCUGAUCGGCGGCAGUGCCAUGUUGGCCGUUACCUUCUUGGUGUUUACCAUGUUGAAGGCUCCAAAAGUUGAUGCGAAGCGAAAAUAG